AUGAUAUUUAAAAAAUUAUUUUCAAAAGGUAGUACAUCACCAACAACAAGACCAAGAGGAGCUACAUUUAGUGGUACAUUUCCAACAGAUGUAUUAAGUGAUGAUGGUAGUGGUACCAAUACAAAUGGUUUAUCAAAUUCAACAACCAAUCCAUCAUCAAUACAUUCAACACCAACAACACCAACAACAACAGCAUCAACUAAUUUAACAAAUUCAAAUAAAUUAUCAACAUUGGCACCAAUUACAAAUGGAAAUCGAUCAUUAAGAGGUAGUAAAGAUGGUAGUGGUACUACAAAAGAGAGUAAAAAAAAAGUAUUGACACUAAAUGAAAAACAAAAAUUAUUAUUAAAAUCAAUGGAAUAUAUAAAAGGAUCAGGUACUUAUUAUGGUAACUAUAUGGAAUUCUAUGAAAUUCCAAUUCAAAUCUAUGUUGGUACUGAACCAUCUGAAACCUAUCCAUCAUUAUCAUACAACACAGAGUUAAGAUCAUUAAUAUUGGAUUUCAAUAAAAUCACUGAAAUUCCUGAACAAAUAGGCCUCCUUCCAAAUUUAAAACAUUUAUCAUUGGCUGCAAAUCAAUUGUCUCAAGUACCUGAAUUUCUCUCACAAUUAAAAUCUUUAGAAUCUUUAGAACUUGGUAUUAAUCAAUUCACUAGUUUCCCUUUAAAUAUUUGUAAAAUUAAAUCAUUAACUUUACUUCGUUUAGAAACAAAUAAUAUUAAAUCAUUACCUGAUGAUUUUAUAAAUUUAGAAAAUUUAAAGGAUUUAUCAUUAUUAGAUAAUCAAUUAAAAGAAAUACCAGAUUCAUUACCAAAUAAUAUUGAAAAAUUAAAUUUAGGAUGUAAUGAUAUUAUUAAUUCUUAUUCUAAAUCAUUAAUUAGAAUAUCACAUAGUUUAACAACAUUAAAUUUAUCAGAGAAUAAAAUUGAAGUUUUAGAUGAAUCAUUAUCAUGUUUAGUUAAUGUUAAAACAUUAAUAUUAGAUUGUAAUAUGAUUAAAGUUAUACCAGGAUCAGUAUUAGGUUCAUGGAAAUCAUUGGUAACUUUAAAUUUACCACAUAACUUUAUUUCAGAUUUACCUGCUGAAAUAGUUACAUUGGAUAAUCUUAGAAUCAUUGAUCUUAGAGGUAAUAAUUUUGAAUUUUGUAAAAAUUAUCCAUCAAGUGAAUCUUCAUCAAUUCUAUUCAAAAUUGAAGAGUUUAUAAAAGAUAAAGAGAAAUUAAAAUCUUUAAUUUUAAAAGAAAAUCUUGAAAUUUUAUCAAAAUUAAAAGAUGAUAAUUCAACUACUACUACCACUAAUAUCAACUCUAAUCUUGAUGUACCAAUUAUUAUUACAACAAAUAUUGAAACAAUACCAACAACAUCAACAACAGCUACAACAACAGAAACAACAAAUGAUAUCACCUUUAAAAUAUCAGAUAUAACUGAAAUAAUAGAAAAAACAGACACAACAACAACAACAACAACGACAAACCAAACCGAUAAUGUAAAAUUAGAAGAAAAAGUAUAUGAAAAACAAGAGAAUGACGAAAAUAAUAGUGUAACAUUAGAAACAACUACUACAAUAUCUAUUGCAUCUGAUAAUACUGAUGAGGCAUCUAUUCAAAUACCCCAAAAGGAAGAUGGAGAUAAAGAAAAUCUUGAAAACGAUGAUAAAUUACUACAAGAAUCAUUUUCUGAAAAUAACAAUAACAAUAACAAUGAAAAACAACAAGAACAACAAGAGAAUCCAUUAAAAGAAAGCCAAGGAAAGAUUCAGCAACUUGAAGAGGAAUUAGAAAAACUUGAACAAAAACAACUUGAAUUAAAAGAUAAAAUACGAUUAGAGAAAAUUAAAUACCAAGAGAUUCAACAACAAUCUCCAAGAUUAUCUCAACAAGAAAACAAUCAAGAAGCUAUUGUUGUUAAUACACAACCAUCAUCUCCACCACCAACAAUUAUUGUAAAUGAACAAAAAUCAGAGAAAUUAGAAAAUGAAAAACCAACUAAAAGAGAACAGCCAAUGGUUGUAGUUACAAAAAAUAAUAAUAAGGCAGAAGUUGAAAUGACAGCACCUAAUCAAUUAAUAUUUUGGCAAUCAAUUGUACCAGAUUUAAUUAUUGAUAAAUUGUAUUUAGGUUGUAGAGAAUGUGCAAUGAAUAAAUCUUGGUUAAAAGAUAAUAAUGUUACUCAUAUUUUAACUGUUGCAAAUUUUAAACCAUUAUAUCCAGAUUUAUUCAAAUAUUUAAUUAUUAAUAUUGAUGAUGUUGAUGAAGCAAAUAUUUAUCAAUAUUUUAAAGAGAUGAACACGUUUAUUGAUGAAGGUAGAGAAAAAGGCGGAGUUUUAAUUCAUUGUAGAGCUGGUGUUAGUAGAAGUGCAACUGCAACAAUCGCUUAUAUAAUGAUGAAAAAUUCAGUUAAAUUCCAAGAAGCAUUUGAUAUCACCAUAAAAGGUAGAUCUAGAAUUUAUCCAAACAGAGGGUUCCUUAACCAAUUAAAAAAAUUUGAAAAAGAUUUAUCAAAAUAA